ACUGACUUGCCCUGCAUACAGCCUAUCUGUCUCUGUAUCGCUGAGCGCACUUGAGGAGUGAAAGAGAAAAGAGUCAAGAUGGCAUCGGGAAGUGGCUGUGGACAAUCCGGGAUCUAGUUUCUUCUGGCUUUCUUUUCUUUUUUUUUUUUUUUUUGGUACCACGGAGCGCAAGUGACUAGCCGUGCAAGGCGUUAAUAACUUAGUUGCUCUUGGCCCUGUUGGGACUUCGCUGGUGUGGAAUAGCAACAAAGGACGGGAGCGCGCAUUCAUGGGACGCGACUUUGACAGCUCUUCGUUUCUUGUCUUAUAACUUUAUUACCUGCCAGCGGGGGCAAGAUUGUGACUAGAGUGGGUGACAAUGGCAGAGGCUCCGCUAGCCGACCCACUCCCGGACUUGGACGUGGUCAUCGACCCGGACUUCGAGCCCCAAAAGCGGCCCAGAUCUUGCACCUGGCCGCUGCCACGACCAGACUCGAGCGCGGUGAAACCGGAGAGCAAUGACACAGAUAUUAUCCCCGAGGAAGAGGAUGAUGAAGAGGACAAUGCCACCCCUACGGCCAUUAGUGUCAAUGGCUCUGGCGUGGCAACAGAGGACCAGAGCAGCAACAGCCCCGUUGCCGAUGGAGCGCUCUCCUCCCCGGGCCAGGAGAGCGGAGGCUCCCCGCUUUCCACGCACUCCCCGACGGCCACCUCUGGCGCGCUGACCCCCAGCAGCUUGGCCGCCCAGCAGACCCCGAGGAAAGCAUCAUCUCGCCGUAACGCCUGGGGGAAUCUCUCCUACGCCGACCUAAUAACCAAAGCCAUUGAGAGCGCGCCGGACAAGAGACUGACACUGUCCCAAAUUUAUGACUGGAUGGUGAGAUCCAUCCCCUACUUCAAAGACAAAGGCGACAGCAACAGCUCUGCGGGAUGGAAGAACUCCAUCCGGCACAACCUUUCCCUCCACAGCCGUUUCAUUCGUGUCCAGAACGAAGGAACAGGGAAGAGUUCCUGGUGGAUGAUCAACCCUGAGGGAGGGAAGGGUGGCAAGGCUCCUCGCCGCCGUGCAGUCUCCAUGGACAACAGCAACAAGUACACCAAGUCCGCCCGUGGCCGUGCUGCCAAGAAGAAGGCAGCUCUGCAGGCUGCAGCUGCUGCAGCUGGUGAAGGCGGCGGAGACAGUCCUUCAGGUCUCUCUAAGUGGCCCGGCAGCCCAACGUCACGCAGCAGUGAGGAGCUGGAUGCCUGGACAGACUUCCGCUCCCGCACUAACUCCAACGCCAGCACUCUGAGCGGUCGCCUCUCACCCAUUCUAGCCAACCCUGAGCUAGACGAGGUGCCCGAUGAUGAGCCCCCUCUCUCACCUAUGUUCUACUCCAGUCCUGGCAGAGCCCUGUCUCCCGGCAAUGCCACAACCAAUGGGAAAGCUGUGCCGACUGAGCUGCCACGCCUGGCAGACCUGGCAGGUACAAUGAACCUAAAUGAUGGACUUACAGAUGACCUGAUGGAUGAGUUGCUGGAUAACAUCAACCUGGUGCCAACCACUUCCAGCCAGACCACUUCAAAUGGUUCCUCAGGGUUCAAUUUUGGGUCCAAACCCAAUGGGCUAGGCUCAGUUUCCUCCACCUCCUCUCCAUCCUCCAACUCUUCUUCUAACGGUGGAGGCAAUGGCUACAGUAACUCCAUCUUUGGCCCCCACACAACGGGUUCCUCUCUGCGUCCGUCCCCCAUGCAGACCAUCCAGGAGAACAAGCAAACCUCUUUCUCCAGCAUCAGCAUGUCUCGCUUUGGCAGCCAGACACUACAAGACCUGCUCAACUCUGACAGCCACAGCCACAGCGAUGUCAUGAUGACCCAGUCUGACCCGCUGAUGUCACAGGCCAGCGCUGCUGCCGUCAUUUCCCAGAGCUCCCGCCGUGGCCUCAUGCUCCGCAAUGAUCCUGUAAUGACCUUUGGGACCACCGGAGGACUUCAGGGAAGCCAAGGGGAGAUGCUGCAAAGUAACAACCACAACCAAAGCUCCCUGAGGUCCUUAAAUGGAGGCCUGAACCUCGCUAACGAGGCUAACACUCUGGCUAAUGCCAAGCAGCAGCUCUUGCUGUCACCCUUGGGAGGAAAUGGGUCUUCUUCCAUGCAGAUCGACACCUCGAUCUUCCUGAAUGGAACAGUUAGCAGCAGUGGAGGGAUCUGUCAGGACCGUUUCCCCACAGAUCUGGACUUGGACAUGUUCAAUGGCAGCCUGGAGUGUGACAUGGACUCCAUCAUCAGGAACGAACUGAUGGAUGCAGAUGGCCUGGACUUUAACUUUGACUCUCUGGCCAACAUGAACGGAGUCGGCAACUUUACUAGCACCAAGCAGACCUCUCAGAGCUGGGUACCUGGCUGAGAGGGUCAGAUCAGGAAGGAGCAGAGCAGGUCUGAAUUGUGUAGUGCAAGAGAAGAUCAGACACACAACAUCCUUUUUGCCAAACCUGCCAUCAGCACAACAUAAAAUACAAACCCUGUGUUUACAGAAGAAGACUUCCUCUCGAGAGCUUUACCUUUGCUCCCACACUGGUGAACCAUGAACGAUCUGACAGACUCUAGAGAUGCUGCACAUAAGCCCUCAAAGCCUCUUGUGAAACAACAACAACAACAAAAAGAAAGAUACGUCAAACAAUCACAACAAACUCACAAAUCUUAGAAUUAUGCAAUUUUCCUUUGACACCCAGUCUGUUGAUAUCAAAGAGACUUUGCUAAUCAGAAGGGGUUUCAGGUGGAAUACAAGGACUAAAUAUCAAGCAAAGAUGGAAGGAGUGCACGGUGCAGUUGUUCCCACUGAAGACAAAAAAAAGACAAAAGUGUAAAAUGAAAAAAAUCAAGAAGUGAUGUGGUGUAAAUCCUGGGAUGUGUUAUGUUGGGGGGAAAAAUCCCUCUGUUCUCACUUAGUGAUUUUAAAUGUUCAGUGUUUGUUUUUUGGAUUUUCUGUAUCUUACUCACUGAGCAACCGCGCAUUCAAUACAUGCAAAUACACACAGAGACAAACCUACACUUUGCCCCAGUUUGCAAGAUUUUAAAACCUUAGAAGUUAAAAUUUCUUAAUAUAAUGCCAUGCACUUCCUGUUUUGUUCUGAUAAAUUGCUUGAAUUUAACUUAACUGCAGCAUACUGAGGGUUAUAUUACAAUUAGCUGAAUACUAUAAAAUAUGUUUUCUCGUUUGUGUAUAUCUAACUGUAAAAAAAAAAAUGAAAAAAGACUAGAGGAAGAAAAUCUUUGUCAUGGAUAUUUGUACAGUGCAGGGCAGUGGAAAGUUCAAGAAGGAGGGGGUGGUGGAAGAUAUUGUCUGUCUUUUCUUAGUUUUCUUAGCUUCUGGUGAGGUCGUUUAUUACAGCAUAUGAUGUAGCCAAAAUGAAUACCUGUGUCCUAGGGUUGUGAACAUUUCCACACCACAACAGGUGCUAUGUAAACAGUGUUGAAUCCUGUCCUGAGAGCAAGCCGUGCUUUUAGUUUGUUUCUGUUUUUUUUUUUUCUUUUUUUGGUAGUUUUUUUUUUCUGUUUUUACCCAUGACCUGCAGAAGCCCAAAGCUGCAGCCACUUGUAGCACGGCGAGGUUGCACCUGUAGACGGCGGGAGGAGGGUGGGGGGCAAGGUUUUAGGCUCAUUCCUCUAGAAGCCAUUUGUUUCUCGAGUAAAACAAUAAGCUAUCUCUGUAUAUUGCCAAAUUACUUGAAACAAACAGUAGGAUAUGCUGGCAGCCAAAUCACAGCACGCACAUGCACACACACGCACGCAUAUAUUACACACACAUAGACAGUAAAAAAUAAUACCAGGGAUCUGUGUUAAGCUCUGCUGUUUUCUUGUCAUGAGCUUGUGGGGCUUGUUAUGCAUAUAUAGAAUCACUCAGGGGGGAAAAGGGAGGCUUCCCGUUUAAAUAACAUCAAGUCACAUUCUAAUGGUAUUUUAACAUGUCUUGAUAAAAACAGUAAUGCUUUGUGUUUGUGAACUUGUAACCUGUGAACUGUUGGCCGUCAAGAUGAAGAGGAGGAACGUCAGGAUUAAGGCUUCACGCGGUCUGUUAUUUUUGGUUUUGCUGUCAUAGCUUUUUCUCCUCUUGUCGGACUCGUGACACGCAUACACACAUCCCCUCAUGGACACGCCUGGUGCUCCUGCAGGUGACUUCCUGUAUCUCCUGAGUAUGUGUGUGUGUGUGUGUGUGUUUUUAUCUGUCGCGUGUAUUUCUGUUGAAUUAAUCUCACAAGGAUGUGUAAUCCUUCACUAUCCCUCAUGGUGCAUACAGCACAGCCGACUGUAUGCAUGUAUGUAUUUAUGCAUUAUGAAUUGUGUGAAAUGCAUAUAUACUCGCUGUAUGUCUUUAUAUACUCAUGUAGUACUUGACCCUUGGAUUUUGUGAUACCUCUGAAGGUAAAGUUGAAGAAACAAUGAACAAUGUUGUGUGCUGGGUGGGAGGGAACACUGUUACCAGCGAUUUAAUUGUUGAACCAGAUUUUGAAAAUGGUGGAACGCACCAUUGUUGUAGCAUCUGGAGACCCUGGUGCCCCUUCUCUGUCUGGGGUAGUGACAUGAAGUGUGUGCCCCGCUGUGUAUAAUAGUGUACAGAUGUGUGUAUAACAAUUUUAGGCCAAGAGAGAGGAGUGUGUGUGCAUGGUUGGCUAGAAUGAUCUACUGUGCUAUCUGAGGUUUAGUGCAUGACAUAGCUGUACCCCCCAUUGACCCUGCCAAUGGUGCCGUCCCUCGACAGAAAUUGUAAUAUUGAGAGGAACCCUGUGUCUUUAGCACUCAAACGCACACUCUGUUUCAAUUUUUAAAGUCAGGGCUUACAGAGCAGAACUUGAAACAUCCUCCUGCAUUAAUGGGUUUAUUUCUACGAGUGUGCGCACGUCUACGCAGGCACAGAGAAAUCCUCCACCACGGACGUUCCUCAGCUUCACACUUGUUUUAUUCCACGUGGAGUACUGUAGGCUCACGUUCCGGUGCUCUCAGUGAGCUGUUAGUUAUGAUUUUAACGUGGUUGAAGCGUCACCUGACAAAUGAGCUGGAAUUCCCUACAUCUUGACACAUAUGAAGUUUCCAGAGCAUUACCACCUUCCUUUUGGCAGGGAGAAUCCUGAGCCAUCACCUGAACUGCUAAGCAUUUGAAUUUAUCUACACUGACUGUACUAAAUAUUAAUUUAAUCCUCCUGUGAAGAAGACUGACAAGGUGAAUCCAGGGAAUGCUGUAAUCCUUUUUAGAAGGGUUAUUGAUCCCUGAUAAACCGCAAAGGGGAUCUCAAUCGCAGGAAAGUGUUGCUAACAUUUUGUACAUUCAGUUUAAAAUGUUUUGGCUUUUCGGGGAGAUAGUUUACACUUAGUCAUUGUGGAGCAGGCCUUCCACACAGUCACUCAGUGCUACUGCUUCAUUCAGGCACAGAUUAUCUCUUCUUGUGCUCAACACACACACACCUGCGGCACAAUGUGCAAAUUUAAUGCUAAGGAAAGCAAAAAAAAAAUAUUAGAAGAGACAUACCACUAGAUACCUUAAUCACCUCUUGGACAUUUCCUUUUCAUUGUCUGCUCUUGAACCUUUUCUAUCCUUGUUAAGAGGCCCAGGCCAGCUCCCAUCCAUACGCCCUCUGAACUUUGCCCUUUAUUAAUCUUGCUUCUUCUCAAGUUGAUGUUAGUGGGUAUUUUUCCUGUGUAUUCCAUUUUGAAUUGUAAUCUAGUUUGUAUAAGAAAUGGCGCGCAUGUAAAUAAAGCUUGGUGAGGCUCCACA